AUGUCUCCUUCACCAAGUCCCCAUGAAAAUGCCAAGAAGGCUAAAACGGAGGACCAGGCUGUCACGAACUUCAGGGAGUACCUGAGAAUCAAAACGGUGCAUCCGGAGCCAGAUUACGAUGGAGCCCUGUUGUUCCUACAGCGAAUGGCCAAGGAGCUUGGGCUACCUUAUGAGAUUGUUGAGGUCCAUCCAGGGAAAGAUGUGCUGAUUAUGACCUGGGAGGGUCGAAAUCCUGCCUUGAAAAGUCUCAUCCUCAACUCACACACAGAUGUCGUUCCAGUUUAUGAGGACCUCUGGAAGUGUGACGCCUUUGAAGCAGUGAAGUACGAGAAUGGUGACAUUUAUGCAAGGGGAACCCAGGACAUGAAGAGUGUUGGGAUACAGUACAUAGAAGCUGUGCGAAGGCUCAAAGCUGCCGGUGUCAAGCCCCUGAGAACAAUUCACCUGACGUUCAUGCCAGAUGAAGAGGUUGGGGGCUUUCUGGGAAUGGUGAAGUUUGUGGAUCAUCCAUCAUUCCUACGACUCAACAUGGGGUUCGGUCUUGACGAAGGUUUGGCCAACCCUACCAACAAGUUUACUGUGUACAAUGGAGAACGGGCACAAUGGUGGUUGGAGGUGAAAUGUGAGGGAAAUCCAGGCCAUGGGUCACGCUUCAUUGAGAACACAGCUGCCGAAAAGUUGCAAAAAGUAAUCAACUCUUUCCUUGAGUUUCGAGGCGAAGAAAAAGCCAAAAUGGUCGGAUGUGCAACUCUUGGUGAUGUCACAUCAACGAAUUUAACUAUCCUCAAGGGCGGCGUUGCCUGCAACGUGGUGCCAACAGAAUUCAACGCUACGUUCGACAUUCGCGUCUCCCCAGGCACUGAUGUGAAGGAGCUGGAGGCUAAGAUUGCAAAGUGGAUGAGUGAGGCAGGAGAAGGAGUCACUUAUCAUUUUGUCCAGAAAAAUGUUGUCCGUAUUACCGAAAUCGGAGACAAGAAUGUCUGGUGGAAGGCCUUUGAAGGGGCUUGCAAAGAAAUGGAUAUGGACAUUGAGGUCCAGGUGUUCCCAGCAGCCACUGACAGUCGGUUCCUUCGGGCGGCCGGCUACCAAUGCCUCGGCUUCUCCCCAAUGAACAACACGCCCAUCCUCCUGCACGACAACAACGAGUUCCUGAACGAGGAGGUGUUCCUGGCCGGGAUCAAGAUCUACGAGGGGAUCAUCGAAGCACUUGGGAACGUGCCAGCAAAUGACGAGGACCAGAACGGCGCACGAGGAACAAAUAUGAUGAUGUCAACGGAUGCUUACGUACCUUUUUCAUAGCUAUAUUUGUAAUAAUUUUUGAAUGAAAGCUUGUAAAACAGAGAUGCCAGUGGGUGCAAAUGGAUGGUUUACAAGAAAAAGCCAGUGGCAUGUACAUGAAGAUUGGAGUGAAAUCUUGGAAAUUAAGUGAAGUUGGAUGAAACGAGGCAAUCGGUAAAUCUCAAAUAAUCACGUGAACCUUCAUUCAUUGCUCUUUUUACAUCACAUUUUAAAGAAGCUUACCAGACAUGUUCUCAACGGCUUACCUUUUUGCGAAAGUGGGUAAAUUUUGAAUCUGAGGGGCGAUCUUGAAACCAAAGGAAAGUUUGGCCGAGAUAAGUUAGCAAGAGAAGAUGAUGAUUGAAAUAGACUGAUUUUUUUCACGUGUCUUUAAAUGCAGUCAUGCUUCGCCAUGUCGAAGGUCACAACGUUUCACUAAGAAAAUGUGUGCAUAUUUUCCAAGGAUACCACUAUUCCACAUGUAUGUACUCAUAAUUUAAUCGGAAACGCAGGUGGAUAUCAACAAUCAACAUAAUCGAAUGUCAAAAAUAUUGCACACUACCAUGGGCGUCGCGAGGGGGGGGGGGCAAGAAAAGAAGAAAAAAAGAAAAAAAGGGAAGAAAAAAAAAGAAAAAAGAAAAGAAAAAGAGGCGCAAAGUCAUAGUGGUGUAAAUUUAAUGAGUUGGGGGGCAAAAUGUUCCUGCCUCCCUCUAAAACUGAGAAAUCGAGAAUAUGUUGAGAAAUACAGGAUUUUUUUGGGAAAAUAUGUUCCCCCCCCCCCUCUAGAAAAAAUCCUGAAGAUGCCCAUGUACACUACGAGUUAUUUUUUCAAUGAAUGACUUUGUAAAUUUUUUGGGUUAUUUUGGGAGUGGUGUUUUUAUGACUUACAUCGUGCUGUGUUACAUAAAAUAUUUCCUAGAAUAUAUGAAGAGUUAUACAAUAAAAGCGGAUGCAUAUUAAUACCAAAAAUA